UCCGACUCUCCGACAGUCGUUAGUUGGCCGGGACCGACAUCGCUAGCCUGCAUCGGUCGAAAGUAAACGGAGUUGUUGUUGAUAAAAAAUGAAGCUGCCCAAAAGAUGUUGUUGAUGACGAUGAUGACGAAGAGGAGAAGAAGAGGAGGAACGGGCAAGUAAGCAGGCUAGUCAGUCCGUUGGUAUAUAGUUGUUGUUGUUGUUGUCAAGAGUUGGCUCCAAAUUCGCUCAGUUUGGUUUUACUGCACAUACUUAUAUUACAAUUAGGUAAGAUCUCUCCUCGCUCCGACGAGCCUUCGAUCCCGUGCAACGCUGCCACCGCUACUGUCGUGAUGCACCGCUCCGAAACGUCAAGCACGAAAAUUUCUAUGAAGUAAGCAGUCCACGUCGAGAAAACUGUUAACAGUAAAUCGAGCCUGUAGACGCAAACUACAUGAGAGGAAGGAAAAAAGGGGAAAGGAGAGGAAAAAGAAAUGAGCGGGCACGUGGAAAGCGGCCUCAGGAGCAGCAUACAAAUUUCCGCAGUGAGCAGCGAGAGCAGGAAGCCGUUGCUGGCGCAUCCGAUGAAAUCGGCGACGGGCAGCGAUGCAUCGGAAUCGAUAAAGUCAACGAUGGAAGACCGCAGUCACGCGGACGGCGACGCGCACUUAACGAACUCCCAGCGAGUCUGGACGAGCCUCGUGGCCGGUGCGGUGGCCGGGGGCGCGGCCAAGACGACGAUAGCUCCCCUCGACAGGACGAAAAUCAAUUUCCAGAUAUCACAGCAGCCAUACUCGGCCAGGGCGGCGAUCGAGUUCCUCGUAACCACCUACAAGAGGGACGGCCUCUUCAGCCUGUGGCGAGGCAACAGUGCCACCAUGGUCCGGAUCAUUCCCUACGCCGCCAUCCAGUUCACCACCUACGAGCAGUGGAAGAGACUUCUCAAAGUCGACUCGAGCGAAGUGAGCAACGAGAGGCGCUUCCUUGCCGGUGCUUUGGCGGGCGUGACGUCCCAAGCUGCCACUUACCCCUUGGACCUGGCCAGGGCACAGAUGGCCGUCACAGUGAAGGAGGAGUACAGGGGCCUGCGGCAUGUCUUCAUCCGAAUAUACCGCAAAGAGGGCAUCUCCGCCUUCUAUCGGGGCUUCACUCCUACGAUACUCGGCGUCAUACCCUACGCGGGCUGCAGCUUCUUCUUUUACGACAAGUUUAAGAGCUUCUUCUCCGCUUACACGGCCCACAGUCCUGGGCUCACGGCAAUGUCGGGCUUACUGGCGGGCGCGGUAGCCGGCAUGCUCGGCCAAGCCAGUAGCUAUCCCCUGGACAUUGUUCGCAGGCGAAUGCAGACCUCGUCGGUGAAACAACAGCAGAGCCUUGGUGUCAUCUUGAUGACACGAAAAAUUUACGCGGAGGACGGCCUUAUGUCCUUUUACAAGGGAUUGAGCAUGAACUGGAUCAAAGGACCGAUCGCCGUGGGCAUUAGCUUUGCCACUUACGACUUGGUCAAGGAUUUGCUCAGGAACUUUUUGUACUGAAUGUAUUGUUAACAUUGUGAGCAUGUGUGUAUCUGGAAAAAAGGGAUUGUGCCGAAAUUUUGUCUCGAUGCUUUAAUUAAGUCGCGCGGGGACUCGUGACUGACACUAAUCGUGCUGUACAUAUUGUUUUUUUAUCUAGAUUUCUAUUGUGAAGUAAAAACUUUUAUGGUUGCAAAAUUUAUUAUUCUCGAAUCAUUGCUUUGUACGUCAAACAAGUCAUUAGACAACAAAAUGAAGUGACGUUGUGCAAUCAUAUGGUUUUUUUUUAAUUUCAUACUUUUGAAAAUAUUAUUUUUGAUAGUACAUAUAUGAUUUGAGAUGAUAGUCGAUAAGUGAAACUAGCUUGAAAAUUGUAAAAUUAUGUGAGAGAAAUAUGAAACAUUUGUUGAAACUUUAUGGCUUUAUUGUGAAUUUGUUGAUUACCCGUCAAAUUUUCAUGUGAUCUCUAGUUAAAUCAUUUUUUAAGUACUAAUUUUAUGGGGAGGAAAGAUAAAAUAAAAAGUCUCUAAGAUUGGAAUUUUAAUCAAAUAUCGUGUAAAUGUGUAUAUUGUUAUCCGAAUGUGUGGAAAUCAUACGCCAAUCAUUAUAAUGCAAGAAAAUCUAUCCGAAAGCUACUUUAUAAUCUUUGCUUAAAAUUAAUCUAAUGAUUUAUGUAAUUAACAGAUUAGGUCUUGCGCUUGUAAUUUUACGACUGUACAUAGAACUUUGCGUUGCAAGAAAUGUUGACAGUAAAAUAUUUUUAUAAAGAAUUUUCUUAAAAAGCUGUCAAUCGUAACUUGAUAAAGAUAAAAUUG